AUUUUGAGAAAUUUACGAUUUAAUUAUAUAUAAAAAUGGAUUCCAAAAUGAAGGCGGCCAUGUCUAAGUCUGUGAAUUACUCAAAAUAGUUAAUAAAUGCUGCAAAAAGUGGUUGCUUAUUGUACAAUAAGAUAUGAAAAAGGCUGCAAUCAUUGAACAUUCUAUAUAAUUAUGUAGAUUCUAAACGUUUGCUUUUAUGUACAACCAAACAAGUAAAAACGAAAUAAUCAAGCGUUAUUUUGGACGCCGUGCUCAUUUUGUCCAAGUGGUAUAGACAAACCAGCUUGUGAACAAUUUACCAAAAAAAAAACACAUUUUUUUUGUAAACAAAAAAUGUCGCAACGUAACAAACGCCAAAAUCGUUUCGACAAUGAUGAACCGCUACCGACCAAGCGGCGGAAGGGCCGACCGCCGACCAAAGGCAAAAUACCACCGUCAACCGCCGUAGACGAUGACGAAGAUGGCGCAACAUCGUCGACGUGGCAACCGCGACCCAUUAUCGAUCUGAAAAUAUCUAGCAUAUACAAUCGUUCGGCACCGGAGGCGCCGGCCGAACUAUUUCGAAAAGAUCUCAUCAGUGCCAUGAAAUUGCCCGAUUCGGAACCGUUGGCGGCCGAUGAAUACUGGGUGAUUACAGAUCAAUGGAAACAGGAAUGGGAACGUGGCGUUCAGGUGCCUGUCAAUCCUGAUUCGUUGCCGGAGCCGACCGUAUCGGCGAAGCAGCAUGAAUCGUUUUAUACGGGACGACAAGAUUUUAAACUACCGAAAAAUAAAUUCAUUCGCAUCACGAAAGACGAAAACUUCUCUUCCGAACAACAUUAUUUAUCGAAUACACCGGCUAUGGCUGAAGCAGCAUGUGCCUACGAUUUGGAUCAAUUCGAUGACACAUGGUUAAAAAUAAUUAAUGGCGAACGGGCCUUAGCUGGUGCUCCGAGUAUCACCGAAGACCAAUUCGAGCGUGUCAUUGAAGAACUUGAGGUUCGAUGUUGGGACAAAAUUCAAGCAAUGGUGAAAAGUGAGCAAGGAUUAGGCAUUGAGUACGAUGAAAAUGUGAUAUGUGAUGUGUGUCGAUCGCCAGAUUCGGAGGAAGCUAACGAAAUGGUGUUUUGUGAUAGUUGUAACAUUUGUGUGCAUCAAGCAUGCUACGGAAUCACAGCAAUACCAUCAGGUCAAUGGCUUUGCCGAACAUGUUCAAUGGGUCAACGUCCCGACUGUGUGCUUUGUCCCAACAAAGGCGGUGCAAUGAAAUCAACACGUUCCGGUCACAAAUGGGCGCACGUGUCCUGCGCUCUGUGGAUACCUGAAGUAAGCAUCGGAUCGGUGGAUCGAAUGGAACCGAUAACGAAAAUUUCGAGUAUUCCGGCCAGUCGAUGGGCACUAAUUUGUGUACUGUGCCGUGAACGUGUCGGCGCGUGCAUACAGUGUUCGGUGAAAACUUGUAAAACCGCAUAUCACGUUACCUGUGCAUUCCAGCAUGGUUUGGAGAUGCGUGCAAUCAUCGAAGAUGAGAAUGCCGAGGAUGGCGUCAAGUUGCGUUCGUACUGUCAGAAGCACAGUUUGAACAAGAGCAAAAAGGACAAGGGUCCAUCGAAUAACAAUGCGGGUAAAUCGGGAUCGGACGAAGAAGACACCAAACGGAAGAAACAACGUCGCGACAUGACAUCGGAAGAGAAGACAAUUGUGCGGAAAAAACGUGUGCAGGAAAUCGAGGCCGAAUUCGAGAAGCAUGUGAAUAUACGGGACAUUAGUUGCCAUUUAAUGGACGUCGAUCAGGAGGCAAUUUACUGCAUUUACAACUACUGGAUCAUCAAGCGAAAGUCACUGCGCAAUGAAUCGCUGAUACCGCACAAAUGGGACGACGUCGAUAUGGUGGAACAUAAGCAUGAACCGGCCGAUAUUGAAAAAAUGAAAAUGUUUGUGCAUCUAAGACAGGACUUAGAACGUGUUAGAAAUUUGUGUUAUAUGGUCAGUAGACGAGAGAAAUUAAGUCGAUCGUUUUUCAAAAUGCGCGAACAGACGUUCCACAAACAAGUGUCCGUACUGAACGAAAUCAAAUCGAACAAAUUGGACGAUAACGUAAUUAAAGCGGUGUGUCGGGCGAACAAUGUUCGAUCGGUGUAUGAUAAAGCUUAUUCAAGUGAUAAAAGUGUUAUAUUGAAAUUAGAAAGUAUUUUAUCGGGCAUAACCGGUUCGGGAUCAGCAUCGUCUUCUCCGACCGAUGACCGAGUGAAUAAUAUUGACUUUAACGGACAAUUGAAAGGAAAGAGACAAUUAGCCCAGUCGACAAACAAACGAACUCACUUAAAUGGGGUGUCGGUAUCGUCUAUGCCGAUGUCGUCCAUAAUGUUUGACUCGGUGUAUGAUACGUUUUCCAGUGAAAGUGAUUUUGAUGCCACAAAAUCGAUAAAAUCCUCCAAAUCGACGACACCGUCGAUUCGCAAGAAGACCGCGCAAAAACCGCUCGAGAAAGAUACGGCUACGAAGACGGAUCGACGGAAGCGACGCAUAAGUGCCGUUUCGAUAAAUCGAAUGAAAAAGACAUUGGACAGUUCCAGUGAUGACGAUCAAUUAUUAGUGAAUGAAAAGCGGACACCAAAAAAUCGAUCCUUGCGACAAAUGGAACGCGAACUGAAUAGAAGCAAAUCGUCGGGUAGUGAAAGUGAUGAAUUAAUACCGAUUCGAAACAGCAGCGGUCAACACAUCGGUAGUGCGGCAGACACAAAGAAAAUCUUGACGGCAAUUUAUUCAGACAGUGAAGAAAGUACGGAUAAGGAGAAGACCGAUCAUACGGCCAGCGACUCUCAGCAGCAUUCCUUCCGUACAAAGGCAGCUAUGAAAGAGUUUAAUGUAAACUCAGCGAAACUUCUCCGAGAUAAGGACGAGGAAACAUCGCCACGAAUACCAAUGCCCAAAGAAAAUGUGAAAGAGAAAGAAGCAGAGGAGACAAAGAAGAAAAACGAACGAGAAACAAAACCUGCUAAGGAUGUUAAAGAAGUGAAGAACAAGAAAAACAAUUCGACACAAGAGGUGUCACAUACGGUGCAGAAAGACAAAAAAUUGGACAAAGAUAAAUUUGUUGAGAAGCUGGAAAGUGAACCUCCGGAAAGCAAAAGCAAGAAAAACGAGACCAAAAAGGAUAAGCCUUCCGAUAUUUCCGUUGAUCUUCUGGUGGUGCCACAAAGGAAAGCAGCUAAAAAAGCUAGUGAAAAUAUGAUGAGAACAACAGUUGCUGGUCCUGUUAAAAAGGACACAAAAGACGACGAGAAGGAGAAGAAAGACCUCAAAGAACCAGCAAAAGAUGUUGAAAAGGAAUCUACGCAACAACAGCCCGAUUCAACGCCAACGAAAGCUCCUGUCACUCCACAAAGACCGAAAGGUCGGCCUAGCAAAAAUGCACAAAAACUCAAAACGCCUACCAAAGACAAAGAACCAUCGGUUGAGCCCGUUGCUGAUGUUAAGGAAAAGCAAAAGGAAACGGUGGACAAAGAUAUUCUCGUUGCAUACGUGCCCCAGAGACAGGCCGCUAAAAAAGCUGCAGAACACAUUAAAAGUGGACUGGGGAAACCGGCUCCCGAUUCACAAGGAAAUGUACAAGCAACAGUGGAGGAGAAGCCAAAAGCUCAGCCCACUACCGUACCAAGUCGGAAAGACGAAAAGAAAUCGGUGGUUGUUUCAAGUGGGACUAGUUCAGAGUCGAGCUCUUCGUCGUCGUCGUAUUCAUCCAGUUCGUCGUCAUCCGAUAGCGAAGAUGAAGAAGCUAGUACCGUUGCGAAGAAUUCUGUCAAAGACGCUAAAAGUGACAAAGCCAAGGACUUGCCCUUUCUUAACAAGGAUUCAAAAUCCUCUGGCUCUGUCACGAGCAAUGAUUCGUCAGAUAGUGAUUCAGAGUCAAGCAGCGCGAGCAAUGCUUCGGAAUCUUAUAAAAAGCGAAAAAGAAAGCCCAGCAUCAGUUCAGCUAAAGCAGUCAAGCAAACGCCUCAAAAAUGUCGCAAAGACAUUAACAACAAGAAGCCAAACAGAGAAUUGGAUCAAAGUGCCAGCAAUACCGAAACCUUCAAACGAGAUGAGCCAUCAACUAAAACACCUACGACUCCAAAAUCAAUUGGCCGUGGUGGCAAAAGAUCAAGUAUAUCAUGUAAUCGACGACAAUCUGCUGACCUGCGAUCGGGAAAUUUGGCUAAGGGUACCAAGACAGCAAGCGAAACCAUCGAAACAGCUGACAAAACUACAGUGGUCGCAACAGAAGAGAUCAGCAAGCCUACAAAGUCAAAACAACCGUACGAACGCAAGUCCAGCGAAUCAUCACCUACGAAACAGAAACAAAGUUUACUUAACGAGCAAAAAUCUGCCGGCAAUGACUCACCAACCAAACAAUCCGAAGGACAUUCAAAUAAAGUUGACGAAGCCGCUAAAGCAGUCGAACAUAUUUACGACAACACGUCAUUCGAAAAAGAGAGCCGCAAGUCCUGUGAACUUUCUCCUAAGAAACGGGAAACGGACAAGAAAUUAAUAUCAGCGGAACCUUCACUGGAACAAGAGAUUAUCGAACGAAAGGCUGAGCACAGUUCUGUCAAUAAAUUGAACAAGAGUACGGGAAAUCUUGAUAAGCUUCUAAGCAAACGCGAACGAGACAUGAAAUUUAUAAGUUCGCCGACAGCAGAAGCUGGAUCGGGUCAUCCAGUCCGAGAUAUGGAACAUCAGAAUGUCGAUAUUAAAGCUGCCCAAAGUGUUGACAUCGAAAUUAUUGAUAUAACUGGUGGUGACGAAAAGGUCGGCAUUAAUUUGAGUAGUUUCAACGAAACGAAACCCUCGCCUACAGCCACUGAACUGAAAUCCGUCGAUGUUGAAGCGACAAGCAAUCUCAUUACCGAUGACAAAGCAAAAGUUGAAGAACAAUCGAUGUUCUCACCGUCAAAAACUAAAGAAUCGAAUCAACCUAUGAUUCCCUUCGACGACAACAAUUUCGGCAGAUCCGACUUUUCAAUACCCACAACGGAUAUCCAGCCCAAUUUGUCUACAUUUUCAUUCCCGGUGGACAACUUAUUUCAACAAGACUUUAAAGAGGACAGUACCAAAGAGUCCAUGGAUUUGGUGAGCAAAUUGAGACAGAAAUUCAAAAAGCAACAACCGGACGAGGUUCGAGUCAACGAAAAUGAUCCACAAGUCAUUGAACUGGAUACAUCGCCCGACAACACGAUGGACACGUGCAAUGAAAUCUCUAACGUUGGUAAGAUGAGUGAACCGAUGCAAGGUGAUCAAAUCAGGCCCGAUGAUGGUGUUGAUGAUGCUGACCGGGACGAUAAUAAAGAGGAAAACAAGCUGAACCAUACGAUAUCUGUUCCAUCGGACGAACGAUGGGUUCCACCAUCAUCUCAGUCAUCAAACAUAACAUCGUCUGCUGACGAGAUGAUUUCGAAUGCUGACGAUCACAAGAGCAAAUCCAGUUUCCAAUCUGACCUGAGCGCUUCACAGGACUUUAUCAAACAAAAAGCAUUCAGUGCGUCCGUGCGAGCAGAGUACAGAACGGAAAGCCAUAUGAUUCGAGACUCUGACGAAAAUGAUCGAUUACCCUACAUUCGCUCGUUCAAUGAUAAAUGGACGGAGAACGAAAUGAUCCAAACAAGGCGGUCGGUAUCGUCGUCACCAAGCCUGGCAUCCGAGUGUAACGAGGAGGAAAUGCUGCAACCAGAACGUCCACCAUGUCAAUUAAACCAACAACAGCCAAGUGAUCUGAACGAUCGUUCUUCCAGUACUGCAACGGACGUUCAUUCAUUUUCUUCGCUGCACUACCAGAAACAGUCCCAUGAACAGAGUCAACACCUUCAUCUGAACAAUUUGAACAAUUCAAACCACUACAACGGGCCUGUAUCACUGUUCCCCCCGCUUGGUCUGAAUAUUCAGAUGCCAUUUCCGUCGCCUGGUACAGCAUUGUUUCCACCGACUUCAUAUCAUCAAUCAUUCUCUUCGGCUGUUACGAAUCAAAUACCUCGAGCAUCAUCUGUCCAUUCGCAAAUGUCCACAGCGCUCAACAAGGACGGUUUGAUUACACCUUCGAUAAAUAGCUCAGUGACGUAUCCAUCGAAUCCGUGCGGUGCUGCAUUUACAUCAUCAUCACACAAUAUGGCAUUAACUGCAGCUAUUGUGUCUCCAGCAAUAGCACAUACGCCCCAGUUGUCAGUGACUACAUCACACACCGAUGCCAGUCAAUCACAUCACAAUGUUCCUACAGAGUCCAACAAAACUCAUCUGAUUGAAUCAACGAAUCAAAGCGAUGCACAACAACCACAACUUCCCCUGCAUAACCGGGAAAACAUCAACAAUACGCCAACUGCCAGUGUUAAAGUGCCGUACAAUGAGAGUGAAUUGAAAACGUUGCCUCUGAAACGUUCGACACGAUUCGUCGCACAACAGGCAGCCCAAAACAUACAGCAACAGUUGGCUAAAUCACCGAGUAAAUCACCCGGCAAAUCCCCACGUAAUCCUGACCUGCUGCGCCAGCAACAGCUGCAAAAUCAAAGUAGUGGUGGCAAAGGCAAAGCAGCUGCUGCAACCGAAGCUUCGGCAACUAAAGCACGUGGUCGUGGUCCAAGAAGUGCUACUGGAACUGUAAGAGGCGGACGUUCGAGAGGUCGAGGACGAGGCAAAGCGGCAAAUAAUGUACCGAUUCCAGUGCUGCAAGAAUUCGAAAAUGUAACGAACAUUCAGACCGAUUUGUCUGGCACAGUUUAUGAUCUCGAUUUCGACGAGGAUCUUCAUAGCGAAAACUUUGAAAAUUUGAAAGCAAUGCGCGAUCGCAAAAAGUCUAUCGAACAUCGACAAGAAACAAUGUUAACGUUCAGAAGUCGUGAACCGUCACAGUCGCCAAAAUUUUCAAGUUCAAAUGCUCACAAGCCCCGUGCACCAUUCCAUUCCGACAUGAGAGAUCUACGACCACCGUCACCGAUUCGUCGAGACAGUAUUUCAUCCAUUGCUCAAUCGCAUCUGUCGCCUGUUGCGUCAAUUCAUGGAGUAUCGCCGGCAGCACUACUUGCCCCAGUUGACAUGCGGACGUACAAUUCCACGUUUGAUAACACCAACACGGAAGCGUUUAACAAUAGUUUGCUUGGAGCGUUUGCGUCCGGUACGGCUGAUCAAACAUUACAAGAAAUUGAUUUGGAAAUGGAAGAAGAAUUACAGUCUGCAUUAAAGGCAAGUAACAGUAAAGCUAAAACACCUGACGCAACACCCGCUUUAGAAUCGUCCACACCAGUAAUCGAAGCGCCGGAGGAAAUACCGCCUAUUGAGCCUGAUACAUAUCGUAGGUCACAGGUGUCGCUAUUUAAAUUGAAAAUCAAGGGACCACAUGCAAAUCCUGACAAUUACACGUCGAGUUUACAGCCGAACGCGAAUUUAGAUCAAAUUCCUCCUCUACUGUCUGCUCCAAGUUUGGCGAUUUCCCAAAUUGCAAUAACUGGAACGCCAGGGUCAAAUCUUCGUAGAAUGCGGAAGAAAGAGUUGCUACGUCAGUAUUGGACGCAGGAUAUGAACAACGACGAUGUUGGCUACUCUGUUAAACCGACCGACCAUCAACCGCCACUCACAUUAUCCACCCAAGCAUCUCGUUCCGUUGGCAUACCGAAAGCUGUUGACUCAAUGUCAUCGAUACCGACCAAAGAUGACUACAAAGACUACGCGGUCAUCGAUAUGAAAAAGCGUAAAGCUAGCAUGAGCCGUGAGUUGAGACUGUUAGACAAUCCAUACGAAAUUGAAAUGCCUGAACGACGGCGAAGUGUUUGCUCCAACGCCAGCAGUAAUGCCUCGAAUCAUUUACCAGCGGAUAAACGAAUGACACGGACGAAGCAGGCCCAACUAACACCGACGCUGAAAAUCAAAAUCGGCUCCAUGGACACAGUAAUGGAAGUGCGACCACCGAAGAAACGAUUGGCUAGUUUACCCAUACCCUCGUUGGAGGAUUUGAAGCGCGAAAGCAUGAGCUAUCGCAAACAAAUAAUGGGCGAAUUUGACCAGGCCGAAAAGGUGGUGAAACCCAAAAAAUCAAAAUCGUCGAAAGGUGACCGGGAGAGCCGGAAAGAGAAGAAGCGAAAAAAGCACAAUGCCGAAAUCAUCAGCAGCGAUGUGUCGCACAAUUCGCAAAAAUUAAUCAUUCGAAUUGGUAAACGGAAAACGGACGAUCGUAGCGAAGAAGAUGUGGACGGUAAGAAAUUGAAUAACAGUGCGAGCACGUCGGACGAUAGGAUAAUCACACCGAUUCGAUUGAAAAUCGCUCGAAAAUCGGAUGGUGCAGGGUAUGUGAUGGCCAGUGAAAGUGAUAAAAGUGGUGCCACUGGUAAUGAAAAGAAAAAGAAAUUACCGAACGACGAUACUGGUACAGCGGCUAACAACAACCAGGCAAAUGACAGUUCAAGUGAUAAACAAAAUAGCGAAAAUAGUAAAUUGAAUGAGGGCGACGGGAAUAGCAGAACGGAUAACGUUGUGGAUAACAAGGAAUCGUUAAGCAGUGACGACCAAAAGCAAGCAGUCGGACCUAACCGCAGUAACGCAUUGCCGGAUCCAGUUGCCAGCAAUUCCAAAAAUAGUGACGAUAAAACGGAACAUCCUUCGGGUGAAUUGGCACCGACAGAUGGCCAACAGAGCGGAACUAAUUUGCAGGGAUGUCAGCCACUUCCGCUGGGCAAGGAAUGCGAGGUUAGAUGAUAGUUUUGUAAAUACGACAGGCAAGUUUCAUACAUUUAGUUAACAUUACAUUAAAUAACGAAAAAGAAGAGUGUAGCUGGAGACAGCUAAACAUUUGUUGUGAUUUGUGAAUAUGGAUUAUGUGUGUGGUCUCUAUAAAACGUCAGCGUAGAUAUUAAAAUAUUUAUUUAUUUAUUUUCUUUUCAAA